UGGUUUGUAAUGUGAACGCAGUCUAUGAUAUAAUGAUAUAAUUGAGUGUAAUGUUAUGUAAUGCAGUGCUGGCUGAGCUGGAUAGGGGGCAGUGUUUGCAGUGUUUGCUGUAUAUCCUGAGUCAGCUGGCUGUCAGCAGCAGCAGCAGCAGAUCAGACCUUUAUCCAGGUCUAAAGGGCUCCUGCUCCACAGCUCUACUCUACAGCUUCAACAUGAAUAAAAUACAGGGAUUCCACAUCAACUCCCCCCUGAGCGAGAGCCUCCCCAUGAGCCGGCGCCUCGGCACCCCCGUCUACCUGAAGAUGGAGAGCUCCCAGCCUUCUGGAUCAUUCAAGAUCCGCGGGAUCGGACACCUGGUGCAGCAGCUCGCAGGUCCCUCGUCUAAAGGUGUGAUCUGUUCUUCAGGAGGAAACGCAGGCCUGGCUACAGCGUACGCAGCUCGGAAACUCAGCAUCCCUGCCACCAUCAUCGUCCCGUCCUCCUCCCCCCGGCUGGUGGUGGAGAAGCUGCAGGAUCUGGGGGCGAUGGUUAAAGUCGUGGGGAAGGUGUGGGACGAUGCGUACGCUGAGGCUCUUCGUUUGUCUAAAAGUGAGAACCUCGUCCUCGUCCCUCCGUUUGAUCACCCUCUGGUCUGGGAGGGUCACACCAGUAUCAUCCGUGAGCUGAAGGCGUCUCUGCCGUCGCGGCCGGGGGCUGUAGUGCUGUCUGUGGGGGGAGGGGGGCUGUUCUGUGGGGUGAUGCAGGGGCUGGAUGAGGUGGGCUGGGGUGACGUACCUGUUCUCUGCAUGGAGACUCACGGGGCCGACUGUCUCAAUGCUGCUAUUAAAGCUGGACGUUUGGUCACCCUGCCGGAUAUCACCAGUGAGGCGAAGUGUUUAGGGGCGAAGACGGCCUGCAGUAAAGCGUUCGAGUACAGCAAAAGACCCAACAUCAUCUCAGAACUAGUGACCGACCGCCAGGCCCUACAGGCAGUGGAGCUGUUCCUAGAUGAGGAGCGUGUGUUGGUGGAGUUAGCGUGUGGAGCGUCUCUGGCGGCGGUGUAUAGCGGGGUUAUCCAGCGGCUGCAGGACGAGGGCCGGCUGCCCGCUCCGCUGGGCCCCCUGGUGGUGAUCGUGUGCGGGGGCAGCAGUGUCUCCCUCGCCCAGCUCCAGCACCUGCGGACCGUCUGCAAAUAAUCAGUAAACUACAAUUCCCACAAUCCUUAGUGAUCGGGGACUUCAGCCUGUAGCCCAACUUUCACUGUUUUUACCACCAUUUAAAAGUUUAAAAGCUUUUUUCAUUUUAACAAUUUUAAGCCAACUGCAUUAUAUUUUAUACUUUAUACAGUAUUUGAGUUUUUGCAACUUUAGCAAGUUUCAGUGUAAUAAUAAUUAAAAAUGUAAUAUAUAAUAUAUAGACCGUUUCAGAGGAAUAUUCAUGAGGGUAGGAAGUGACGUAGCUGUUCCUAGGACACUUCCGUUCAGCGGUGAACAGCGUAUAAAACAGUGGACGUAACUUUUUAAUUUAUCAUGAAUGCAAACUUCACCUAAUCUGAGAGUCACAAACAUUGAAAAUCAGCUCAAAUUGUUCUUUAAACAAGUAAACUAUGGAGGACCAAAAAUGACAUAAGUAUAAAUAAAUACACAUAUAAAUGUAUAAAUAAAUAAAUGGAUAAAUACAUUAAUGUUAAAAUUAAUAAAUAUAUAAUUAAAUGCACAUAUAAAUGAAUAAAUAGAUAAAUAUAUAAAUAAAUAAAUACGUGCGCAAAUAAUUGUAUAGGUAAAUAAAUAAAUUAAUAAAUAAAUACAUUUCUUAUUUAUAUAUUUAUGUAUUCAUUUAUAUGUGCAUUUAUUUAUGUCAACAUUUAUUUAUUUAUUUAUUUAUUUAUUUAUUUAUUUCAGCAUUUAUUUAUUUAUUUAUACUUAUGUCAUUUUUGGUCCUCCAUAGUAAACACGCCUGCUUUGGUUUUUCGCACUGCUGACCUGCCUGCAGUUACAGCGUCCGCUCACAACUCCUCCCUCCUUCUGAUCUAUAAAUCAUGCAGAGUACGUGCUGGAUAGAGUUUGACUCGCUACAACCUCACCAAACACUAUAGUGAUGCUUCUCUACUACAGGAACAAAUAUCCCCAACUUUUACACUGAGACGGUAAUUAUAUGCGUCCAAACUGCGGUGUGCUUUCACUGCCUCUCUGGUGUAAACACACUCCGUUUUAACAAGGUAGUGAUUCACAUCUGGGUAGGUCAUCUCUAGCAAGCGUUUUAAAUCAGAGGAAAAUCUUCCCUCUUAAAUCCUUAUCAAAAGGAUCAGGAAAAGAGGUUUGAUCACUAAUUACUAAUUUCUGACCGUAUGUUUGCUCUGUUUUCGGGAGACUUGCAAAAUAUGCGCUGUUAUUUUGACAGCUGGAUGAAAAUAGCGCCACCAGAAGCGUAGAAGGAACAGACAUGCGCAGCAGCUUUGUUAUUGUUUUCCUCAUUGAAACGGUCUAUAAUACCAGUAAAAAUAGGACGUUUAAGGAUUGCUGGUUUGAAUCCUAGGUGACGCUACAUCAGCAGCCGGAGUCCGAGAGAGAGUCAGAAGGUCAAAUAAACACUCCAGUUUUAAUUACAGUAACAGAUUUACACUCAGUUUAGAUAUGUGUACUCUUAAUUACUCACAGUUUACCAUAUAGAAUAUAAGUCCAUAUUUUUUGGAUAUCCCUCUAAUAAAUGCAUUCAGCUACUUUAGAUUUUCCCAGUACUUUUGGAAUCCACUUUAAAAUGAUCAGUUUCUCUGAUUUUGCUAUUUAUAGUUUUAUAUUUGAGUAAAAUGAACAUUGUUGUUUUAUUCUAUAAACUAUAGACAACAUUUCUCCCAAAUUCCAAAUAAAAAUACUGUCAUAGAAAUUUGUCAAAAUAUGGAAAAAUAUGCAGCAGUGCUUCAUGCAUCUUGGCAUCAUGUUCUCCUCCACCAGUCUUACACACUGCUUUUGGAUAACUUUAUGCUGCUUUACUCCUGGUGCAAAAAUUCAAGCAGUUCAGUUUGGUGGUUUGAUGGUUUGUGAUCAUCCAUCUUCCUCUUGGAAGAGGUUUUCAGUGGGGUUCAGGUUUGAUUAGAGAAACUGAUCAUUUUGAAGUAAUUAGUAAAAGUGUAAAAAUGUUGUUUGAAAUAAUUAACAAUAUUUUGAAUAUAACAAUAAUAGUGCUCGCUGUCCAAAACAUCACAAAAUCUCUUCAAACUGACCAACCUCAGAUUACAUUAAGAGACUUUGUGAUUUCUGACCUUUUUUUUUUCUCUCUGUUAUCUAUAAACAUGGACUAAAUUCAGGCUACUACUGUUUCAAGCUGUGUGUCGUACUUUGUCCCACUUUAUAGGUUCUAAUUGAAUAGUUUGGUUGAUUGUAUUUUUGAAUAUACAUUUUUUUGUGAAAUGUCCUUUUAAAAUGUGUGUAUUUUACCUCUUUAGAAAUGUAAUUUCAGUUGAUUUAUGUAACACUACUGUAGUGCCUUUGAUAUAUUAAAAUCAUUAAUAUGUGUUUAGAUUAGACAUUUCUCCAGUGUGAUCAACAGGUGGUGUCGACAGAGCUCUAGUUGUCUGAGAUUUUAAGAUCUGAGACCCUUUGAGUGAUGCACUGUGUGGCUGCAAGGCUUUAUGGGGCAGUUUCCUAGACAGCAUUAAGUCGAGUUUUAGACUUCAGUCUACACAGGGUUUGUACGGUCAUGAAAAAACAGGAAAAGUCAUGGAAUUUGACUCAGGGUCUCAGGGUCUCAGAUCUGACACUCAUUUUAUUAUUAAGAUUGUGUGUGAGCAUUUUUAUAGAUUAAUUUUAAGCCUCUUCUAAUCAGUUUUGAUUAUAGUUUUAGUUGAUUUUUGGUUGAUUUUUAGUUGAUUUCUGUUUUUAAAAUCGUAUGGUCAUGAAAAUUGGCCUUAAAGGCAUAGAAAAGUCAGGAAAAAAAUAAUGGAAAUUUAUUGGUUAAAAAGUGUAUGAACCCUGGCUACAGUACAAGUCAAACGUUUUGACACAUCUUCUCAUUUAAUGUUUUUAUUUUUUUAUUUUCAUGAGGUUUCUGAGGCUGGUUACUCUGAUGAACUUAUUCUGUGCAACAGAGGAAACUCUUGCUCUUCCUUUCCUGUGGUGGUCCUGAUGAGUGCCAGUUUCAUCAUUAUAAUGUUUUUGAUGGUCUUUGCAGGAACUGAGCUUGAGGAUACUUUCAAAGUUCCUGAAAUUUUUCUUUUUGGAUUAACUUUUCUCUUAAAGUCAUUUUAUUCUUUA